AUGCGGAUUAAUAAAGUAAUGAGGUAUGAAAAGCCGCUGCUUCGCCUUCCCGCGCAAGGAGUAAAGAUCCUUCACAUCAUCCUCACCAUGUCUUCCAAAACUGCCGUGCUCACCGACAAGGCCCCCAAGCCCCUGCCGGGCAUCUACUCCCAGGCCAUCAUCGCCAAUGGCGUCGUAUACUGUUCCGGCGCAGUGGCGAUGGAUCCUACGACCGGCAAAUUGGUCGACGGCGAUGUCAAGGCCCACACCCACCAAUGCAUCAAGAACUUGACCCAUAUCCUCGAGGAGGCCGGUACCGACAUCACCAAGGUGGUCAAGGUCAACGUGUUUCUGUCCAACAUGGACGACUUUAGCGAGAUGAACUCGGUGUACAUGCAAUACUGGGGUGAUGUGAAGCCCUGCCGGACAUGUGUUGCUGUCAAGACGCUGCCAUUGAACACGGAUGUGGAGAUUGAAUGCAUUGCGGUGCUGUAG